GUAUCAAUUUUCUUCGUUUUUGUGCUUUACUUAUCUCUCUCUCUCUCGAUUUCAAAUUUCUUCAGGAAUUUUCGAAAAUGGGUAACUGUGUGUCGUUUAACCGGAGAGACUCAAAUUCUUCUCCAACGGUGAAGAUCGUGACGGUUAACGGCGAUCUCCGGGAAUACAAUGUCCCGGUGUUAGCAUCUCAGGUACUAGAAGCAGAAUCGGCGGCUGCUUCAUCUUCCUCUUCCUCUAGACCUUCCUCGUAUUUCAUCUGCGAUUCCGAUUCUCUCUACUACGACGAUUUCAUACCGGCGAUAGAAUCGGGAUCGUCUCUUCAGGCGGAGCAGAUCUACUUCGUCCUCCCGAUCUCUAAGCGUCAGAACCGGCUAACGGCGUCUGACAUGGCGGCUCUCGCCGUGAAAGCAAGCGUCGCGAUCCAAAACUCACUCGGGAAAGAACCUCGCCGGCGUAAAAAGGGGAGAAUCUCGCCGGUCAUGAUGCUGACUCAGCCUAACGACUCCGUUGAAGCUGUUAACGGGAAAGCAAGCGAGUCGACGGUUCGGAAAGGAGGGUUGUCGAUGAAUAAAACGGCUCCGUUUAAGGCUUCGAGUGGUUUAAACCGGUCCGGUUCGGUACGUAACUUGAGAAGAUAUACGUCUAAGCGAGCAAAGUUGGCGGUUCGAUCCUUUAGGCUGAAACUUUCAACGAUCUACGAAGGCUCCGUCGUAUAGAUAUACUAUUUAACUCUUAAGUCGCCUUUAAUUUCUACGGAAAAAAAAAAACAAAUCUGCAGACAAAAAAUAUAUAAUAUUAGAAGACGCAGAAUAAUUUUUGGUUAAAAAAAAAUAGAAGCAUGAUAAUUUUGCAAUUUGUUUGUUUCGUUUUGUUACAAAAAGAUGAUAUAUUUUCAAAUCAAGGAAACACUCUGUAUAUUUCUUUGUUAUUUUUUAUAUAUAUGAUGUAUAUUUUGGUCAUCAAAAAUAUAAUGACAGGCCAUGUUUCUAUAGGUUAAUUAACCCU